AUGACGGGGAGAAACUCUGUUAAUGCUCCUGAUGAUGUUCAUUUCACCUCGUUGGCAUCAGAUGAAAAAGCUCUAACCUUGAACCUAGGUGGCAUACGACCAGGACUCGGCGUUGGGAGAUGCCUGGAUAACAGGAUAGGGCCUCUUCGACCGAAAGUCUCAGAAGCUCCAUCAUCGACUACCGACAAGAGAACGGAAGAACCUAUCAUCGGUACAAGGAUGGGACUGACCACCUCAUUACCAACCUCAGAAUACAACCUUCCCAAUGACGAGUUGGAGAAUGAGAGGCUAGACCUCCAACACCAUAUGUUUCUCCUGACGUUUGAUAACAAGCUGGGCCUCUCGCCUCCAAAUCUUCCCGAUUCCAAGCCUGCACGGGUCCUUGACUUAGGAACGGGCACAGGGCUGUGGGCAAUAGAUUUCGGUGAUGAGCAUCCUGAGGCCGAGAUCAUCGGAGUCGAUCUGUCUCCUAUCCAGCCAAGUUUCGUUCCCCCAAACGUUCAAUUUCUCGUUGACGAUAUUGACGAGGAAUGGAACUAUUCCGAGCCCUUUGAUUACAUUCACAGUCGAAUGAUGAACUUUAGCAUUCAAAACUGGGCCGAGUAUCUGCAAAAGAUGUUCCAGAACCUUACCCCGGGUGGUUACGUUGAACUCCAAGAGAUGGAUGGCUUUUACGCGUCUGAUGACGGCACUCUGUCCGAUGACCACGCGCUGUCUAGAUGGUGCACUUUCCUAGGAGAGGCAGCAGUAAAACUGGACCGAUCAUUCCAACCAACCGACCAACUUGCAACAAUCAUGAAGCAGGUUGGAUUCACUGACGUUGUCGAAACCCGGUUCAAGUGGCCGAUAAAUCGAUGGCCUAAAGAGAAGAAGUACAAAGAACUCGGGGCGUGGAACAACCAAAACGCAAGUCAGGUUCUCGAGUCUGCUACACUCGCACCCUUCACACGAGUCCUAGGAUGGUCAACCGGGGAGGUCAAUCUCUUCCUCGUGGAUGUGAGAAAGGACUUGAAUAACCCGGACAUCCAUGCCUACUCACAGGUCCGUUCGGUUUAUGGACGAAAGCCUCAAGCCUAA